UCUGCUAACCUUUAUUUUAGGAUAUGUUGACCGUUCAGCGUGUGCGGGCUCUGCUGCUCCACUUGGGAACUACAGACUGGUCGGUGGUCACUGAUAUAAUUUCAUCCAUGGUUUCAUUCUCCGAAGCUUUCACUCUGGGCAGCAGACAGUGUACAUGGACUGGCACCCUGUGGCAAGUGACUGGAGACAACCUUGAUCUUGCCUGUUGGGACCUGUUGCUAGGUAACCUGGUUGCUAUGGAGACUGUGUUGUCGCAGGAACAGAGGAGAAAAGUGGCCGAACAUAUAGUCCAGGCUCUCCUUAACAAAGCAGAACACACAGAAUGCAAUUAUAAAACACCUAAAAGUGUAACCCAGGCUGUCCUGGAUUCAGGCGUGUUCUUUGAGACAGGAGAACUGCUUACAGAGAUAGUCACCCAACUCUGGAAGCAUGGAACUGGCACAUUGACACACAGCAGUCCGAAAAAACAUAAGAGAGCAAAGCUGGGUGGUGUACUGACCAGUUUGAGCGAACUGCUGACAGUCAUCGGUGACCAAGAGACACCUUGGCACAGGGACAUGAAUAAUGAGAGCCUGUUGCGGCUCCAGGAGUCUGCAGGCCACCUACAGCAGCUGAUGUCAGACACCGGUCAGUCUCUACCUGACAUGGACUGGACACCUUGGAUCAACAUUGGACAGAUACUGUAUCAUUUUCCAUUGGUUGAGCUGUGGCCAUGUGACCAGUUGAGGGUGCUGAUUGGUGUCCUGGCUGGGCUCUCCAUUGCUGUUAGCAAGGGUGAGGAAAGCGUGUGCAAGCUGUACCUUGAGCUGGGUACCAGGAUGUUGUCGAGCUGUGGCCGGCUCCCAAUCUUCCAGCUACUGCAUGUGCCAACCUUCCUCACCUGGAUGCUGGAACUCGUCAACAACACUGCACAGAAGCCGGACAUGUUGCAAUACAUGCUGCCGGCAGAGGUGUCAUGUCAGGCCCUGGUUGGAGACUACACAGUGCUGGAGAAGUUGACACCCCAUCUCACACAGUUGGUCGUAGAAGUUAAAACGGGAAAAACAGGAAAGCCAGGGGCCCUGACAUUGACUUUUUUCCUGCUGCAGGAGAUUUCAAGGCUGUGGAAUCGUCCAUACCUGAAUGACAGUCUGAAGUCUGCCUGUGAGGAGAUGUACGUGUUAAUGGCAAGACCUGUAUUAAAACUGGCCUCCAGUGUGAAAGAUUGCACAUACUCUCAUCACGAGUCCCUGCUGGUCCGAUCUUGCACUGCUGUGCUCACCUGUGCACAUAAAGAUACUAAAAUAAAAGAGAAUCUGUACAAAACUAUGCCAGCCAUCUUGAAGUGGUGCCACAAAGUUAUUGAUAACAGUCAUGAGAAUGGAAAUGUGCAUGGCCGACUGGCUGCCCUAUGGUUCCUGCAGACCUCAGCCCGGUACCACACCCUCCAUGCAUCUGUUCUCACCAUGGAAACCAAACUGGCACUAUGGCAACACUUGGUACAGGUGGUCAGGCAGGCCCUGAAUACACAAACACCAGACAAGCAACCACCAUUAUGUAUUGAGAAUAGCAGUGAACACAGUAGUAGCCUGAAGAAGACAGAUGCAACUGAGUAUGGGACUGGACAUUUGAGAGAUUCUAGAAAAAGUAGAAAGAGAAAACAUACAUCUGUUUCAGAAGAAAAUGAGAUGGAUACCUCUAGCUCAAAAGACAAUGGCACAUCUGAUAUAAUAAACCAAGUUAGGGCCAUUUUACAAUGUAAAGAUGACAUUACAGGGAGCGAAGCUAGAGAUAUAGGUAUCUGUACAGAACCAGACAAGCUGGCUACCAGUGAAGCCAUUGAGCCACUGGACUUCAGGAUACUGGUGUACAAGGGUCAUCUACUGGAGAAUGGCGACCUUCUGGUGCUGCAACAGACACAAACUGUCAUGGCUGCCAUCCUGGUUGCCCUCAACAUCGACCAGUUUCAAGAUGUGCUCAGACAGCUGGAACAUGACAUGCACCCAAGCACUCUGCAGUCAGAUCGGGGUAAAGUGAGUUCAUCCCUGUUCAUCUGGAGAAGUCUGUUAAAGCUGGAGUUUAUACAAGAGCAGACCAAAGUGGUUAGGAAAGUGGCAAAAGAUCUAAUGUUGAACUGGCAGUGUAUUGUUGAGCGACUGCAGGGCUGGGAUGACCGAUCGGUUGUCAUGGAGAUCACAGUGCCUCUUCUUCAGGCACAGCAACAAUUGCUGCUUCUGGGCAAGAAGUUCCUGCCAAGCCAGACAGUGAUGUUGGCCAUGCACAGCUGUGUAUUCACCCCGCUAGAAGGCAGCACCUACCUGCCAGCCUUUCAUGCAGUCUGUAACCUGCUUAAUGCCCUCCUCGUGCACCACACAGAAACAGUCUUCCAGAAUGUACCAACGUUCAUAGCCUGUGCUAAACGCCUGCUGCUGUCUGUUGUGGAGCACUCCGACCAGGACCAGGUAUCGGGAAAGGCGGACGUCAUUGACAGUCUCCUAGCUUGUGCUUAUCAGAUGGAAAGGUUGUUUUCUCUGAUAGCGACCCACAAGCUUGAGUUUGGCAAGCUGGCGGUGUAUGUUGUGGCCGACUAUGUCACAGCUGUGCAGAAAGUCACGCUCCUCCCUGCUAUAAAGCGUGGAGUGGUACCUGCGGUAUACCGAAUGUUGGACCUGUGUGAUCGGCAUGCAAUCCCCCAGUUACACGUUGUCCUUCCGCAUGGCCUCACUGAAAUCUUCAAACUUCUGUAUGCAGACUACACCAAGUACCAUAAAUAUACCGGCAGAGUGUGAUUAUGGAGCUGCUUAAGUGGUCCUGAGAAUUAUGAAAUUUGACGGAAUCGAACAUGAGUUAUUGGAAGUUUCAGAUUCAACGGGAGCAUACAGUAUAUAUUUGUCUUCUCAAAAUAUGAUUUUUCCUAGAAGUACAUUGCAAAUUAAGUGAUUGAGCCAACGAAAUAAAAUCUUUGUCUACGUGCGAGAUAAUUGUUAUCAUCUAUGGUGUCUGUCCAUCCAGUUUUUAAGGUGUUUUUUCAUAACUUUAAAUCAUUGGAGAUAUCAACUUAAACUUCAUUCAGUCGAUCACAUGAACAAUUCACUCUUGCAUGAGAAUUUAAAUAACUCUUGCACAUCAAGAACUAGAACUCCAAUUGCUCCAAAUAAGCCACAUCUCUUUGGAUAGAACAUGUUAUCAAAUGAAAUUACUUUUUAUCAUAAUUUGAAAAAAAAUCUGGUUGUUUGUGAACCUAAUUAAACAAAUAAGUUAUUUUUCUCCACAAUUGAAAUGGUUUGGAAGGAAUUGAAUUAAGCAUUUAUAAAUCACAUUUGUAAUAUCGGAACCAAAACCUACAACCCUUUGACUCAUUGUACAUGAUAGCUUCCCUUGAUUUGACAAUUAUUUAUUGAUUAUAGAAACAUGUGGAUAUGGUGACAGGUUUUCAUUUACUACAAACAAAACAAUUGCAUUUUUUUGUGUUUUAUAUAUAUGUACCAUUAUGUUGACAAUUAUUGGUUGAAUUGAAACAAACUUGUACAUAAUUCAUUGUUACUAUUUAAGAUUGUACUUGAAUUAAAUAUCAAUUAUC